UUAUCCCCUAUCCUUGCCACAGCACCCUCUAUCUUCGUGUGUACACUGGGCCGGUGGCUCUGCUAGUGACGAACAAUAUGGCGCCGGGAGUACCUCUUGCUUCUGGACCAAUCGUUGUCUAAAGACCCCUAUCGGGCAGGAUGAACCUCUGCGGCCAAUACUUACGGCAGGCAGAGGCCCUGAAGGCUGACAUGACAGAUUCUAAGCUUGGUGCAGCAGAGGUCUGGACUUCAAGGCAGGCUCUUCAGGACUUGUACCAGAAGAUGCUGGUGACUGACCUGGAGUAUGCGUUGGACAAGAAAGUGGAGCAAGAUCUCUGGAACCAUGCUUUUAAGAAUCAAAUAACAACACUACAGAGUCAAGCCAAGAACAGAGCCAACCCCAAUAGAAGUGAGGUGCAGGCCAAUCUGUCCCUGUUUCUCGAGGCAGCUAGUGGAUUUUACACACAAUUACUUCAGGAGCUGUGUACUGUGUUCAACGUGGACUUGCCAUGCCGUGUGAAAUCAUCUCAGCUUGGAAUUAUCAGCAAUAAACAGACCAACCCCAGCACCAUUGUAAAACCCCAACCCAGCUCUUGCUCUUAUAUCUGCCAGCAUUGUCUUGUCCACCUUGGAGACAUUGCACGAUAUCGUAACCAAACCAGCCAGGCAGAGUCCUAUUACAGACACGCUGCUCAACUUGUCCCCUCAAAUGGUCAGCCUUACAAUCAGCUGGCCAUCCUGGCCUCCUCUAAAGGGGACCACCUCACAACGAUAUUCUACUACUGCAGGAGCAUCGCCGUCAAGUUCCCAUUCCCUGCAGCCUCCACCAACCUGCAGAAAGCUCUCGCUAAAGCUAUUGAAAGCCGCGAUGAGAUCAAAACAAAGUGGAGUGUAUCAGAUUUCAUCAAGGCCUUCAUCAAGUUCCACGGUCACGUUUACCUGAGCAAGAGUUUGGAGAAGCUCAACAACCUGAGGGAGAAGCUGGAAGAGCAGUUUCAGAGGCUGAUUCUACAGAAAGCCUUCAGCUCCCAGCAGCUGGUCCACAUCACGAUUAUUAACCUGUUUGAGCUGCACCAACUGAGGGACUUUGGCAACGAAGCAGACAACCUGAGCUUCAGCUCCGACGAUCAAAUCGGCUGGUUCCAACUUCUCGGCCUCUUCAUGUCAUUUCUGGGUAUCAUGUGUAGCCAAGCAUUACUGAAUAAGAACCGAGGAGAGGAGAUCAUGGGAGAAUGUCCACUGCCGGCCAUCAAGGUGUCUCUGGACUGGCUCAAACUGCGAUCCACAGUUUUUCAGGACAGUGCUGUGGACAAACGACAGUAUGUUUGGCCUUGGCUGGUGUCCAUUCUGAACAGUUUCCAACCGAAGGAAGAUGAUGUUUCCUGUGCAUCAAUGACUCCACUUCCAGAAGAGUUUGAACUGCAGGGGUUUCUGGCUCUCCGGCCAGCUCUACGGACCCUUGACUUCACUAAAGGCCACCAGGGCGUUGCUGUGGACAAGGAAGGUCUGCCAGUCCAUGCCCGUCACCAGAGGCUCAUCAGCCUGGGGAAAUGGGUGGCAGACAACCAGCCAGGGCUGAUUCAGUACAAAUUCAGCGAUGGUCUGCUGUUGUUCAUCACUGACAUUGAGGAGCUGGACAUCGAGGAGCCCCAGGAGAAGGAUGCCCCGGUGCUCCAGGAGUCCUCCAAUGGAGAGCAGACCCCCAACGAGGGCAACAUGGGCCUGAAGUCAGUCCUGUCCAAUGGCAAGACCCAGAACAGCGUGUUGGAGAUCUGCGAGAGACCCGUGGUGACCUUCAAGGAGAACAUCAAGCCCCAGGAGCAGAGCAGGGAGCCCAGCCGCAACCAGCACCAGAAGGAGGCAGGGAAGGAACGGAGGGACUUCGGCAAAGGCAACGGAGUGCUGGGAAAAGGAGAGCAAAAGAGGGACGGCAAGAGGAAGAGUGAAGUGAAGAAGAACAGCCAUGAGAAGGCUGCAGACGCAGGGAAACAGGUGAAAGCCCAGCUGGAGAUGAGGACACCAGUGUCUGAGGCCAGAAAGACUCCAGUCCCUCAGACCCAGACUACCUGCUCCUCCCAGUUCAUCCCUAUCCACCACCCGGGAGCCUUCCCUCCUCUGCCCAGCCGACCAGGUUUCCCCCCUCCGGCCUAUGUGAUCCCUCCUCCCGUGGCAUUCUCCAUGAACCCCGGCUUCACCUUCUCUACGGGCAUGUCUGUCUCCGGGCCGUUCCUACAGCCGGCCUCCCAGCCCCAGCAGCCUGGCGCCCAGCAGCAGGUCCAAGUCCAGGCCGGGAAGCCGUCGCACAUUCCAUACAGCCAGCAGAGGCCAGCAGGGCCGGGGGCCAUGAACCAGGGGCCCCCCCAGGGCCAACAGGGUCCUCCCCAGCAGCAGCCCUCCCAGGCCCAGCAGGCCAUGCAGCAGUCGGUGCAGCUCCAGGCUCUGGCCCAACAACAACAACAGCAGCAGCAGUCGCCCACCAAGCCUGUGCAGCCAGUACAGCUGGGCAAAAGCCCACCUCACCAUCCAGGGAUGCAUCAGUACAUGCAGGUUGACCAGGCUGGCCAGAUGUGGGGCCAGCACCAGGGCCAGCCCACCAUGCAGAAGAUGCAGGCCAUGCAGGUGCCCGUCAAGCAGCCCUACUACGGCAUGCCACCCCAGGACCCCCUGAAGCUCUUCGAGCAACACCCCAUGCAAACGGCUGGGCAGAUGCCCAUGCAGCCACCACAGCAGCAGAACAGCUUGGACAAGAAGAUGAAGUACCCGGAUGUGAAAAUGCAGGAUUUUUACUGGGAGCCUCCCUACCGCAUGGGGGAUAACAGACAGAUGGUGGGGGAGAGGAUGGGCAUAAGGCCGCCCCCAGGGGUCUUCCACCCAGACCAGGACAACUCACCCAGAGGACCUCCCUUUGAGGACAACAAGAGCUCCCCUCUUCUGCCUCCAGACCUUUUAAAAAGUCUAUCAAAUUUUGAGGAGGAGGAAGAGCUGCUCUUUACUAAGCCUCAUGGUUUCUACCAGGCCUUGGCGAGUCCUCUUAGCACUGCUCCAGGACGAAACAUAUUUUUGACAAAUCAGUCCAGAAUGGAGAGUGGUCCUGAAGUGAUGGGCCAGUCGUCUUCUCUCAUGCACUUAUCUGGGUUCCCAAUUCAGGAGAGUUCCUAUCAAAACAACAGCAUUUUCAGCCAGGCGUAUGGGAAAAACAUGGCUGCCAACCCCAAAGCCUGAUGCUCCCAUGCUGCACCAGGAACCUUCUCUGUACUCCCUGUUUGAAGGAACUCCAUGGUCCCCGUCCCUUCCCGCCAGCUC